AUGGAGCAUGAGGAUUGGAGGAAGUAUAAACGGACUAUUGAGAUAUUUGAGAAGAUGAGGGAGACUGGUCUUGAUCCAACUUUGAGUAAAGGGCUUGAGUUUGAUGAGUUUACGUGUAGCACUGUGAUAUCGGCUUGUGGGAGAGAGGGUAUGCUUGAUGAAGCAAGGAAGUUUUUUGCUGAUUUGAAAUUGAGUGGAUAUAGACCUGGAACCGUUACGUAUAACUCUAUGAUACAAGUUUUCGGGAAGUCUGGAGUUUAUGUAGAGACCUUGAAUAUCUUAAAAGAAAUGAAGGAUAAUCAUUGCGUGCUAGAUGUUGUUACUUACAACGAGGUUGUGGCGGCGUAUGUAAGAGUCGGGUUUCAUGAUGAGGGUGUUGCUGUCAUUCAUACAAUGGCAAGCAGAGGAGUUACGCCGAAUGCUAUAACUUAUACGACUGUAAUAAAUGCCUAUGGUAAAGCGAGAAACGAGGAUAAGACUUUGAAGGUGUUUGGUCAAAUGAAGGAGUUGGGAUGUGUUUCAAAUGUACGCACAUACAGUUCUGUUCUUGCAAUGCUAGGCAAAAGGUCGAGACCAGAAGACAUGAUUAAUAUUCUCCAUGACAUGAAAUUGAAUGGAUGUCUUCCUGAACGUGCAACGUGGAACACGAUGCUUGUUGUAUGUGGUGAGGAAGGUAAGCAAAAAUACGUUAACCAGGUUUUAAGGGAAAUGAAAAUUUCUAGAUAUGAGCCUAACAAAGACACGUUCAAUACAUUAAUUAGUGCAUAUGGUCGGUGUGGAUAUGAAGUUGAUGUUGCGAAAAUGUACGGGGAAAUGAUUAUGGUGGGAUUUACUCCAUGCAUAACCACAUACAGUGCUCUUCUAAACACUCUUGCUAGGCGAGGUGAUUGGAAUUUUCAUAACAAAAGUUACUUUUUGUUAGUUUUUCAGGCACUCGAUGUUCCUAUGGAUAGGCUUGUCGAAGCAGCUGAUUCGGCUUCAUGGCUGACAUGGAAAAUCAAAUAG